AUGAGUGGACCUGAGAACUCAUAUCGAAUGCUAGUAUUGCUGGAAGAACCCGUUAGUGGUUCAAAGCCUGAAGAUGAAAAGAAAGUACAUGAAUUUAUGGACGAAUUGGUACUGCCCUUCAACGUUGACGAAAUAGAUCAAUUAAAUUCGUGGUUUGACAAGUUUGAUGAACAGAUCUGUAUACCGAAUGAAGGUCAUAUCAAAUACGAAAUUACAAGUGAUGGUAUUAUAGUACUAAUCCUUGACAAGGAAAUGGAGCCACUUGUGUCUCAAGUGCGUUCUUUUGUAGAAAAACAUGGCAACCGUGAAGAUGACGACGACGAAAAGGAGGAUGACUGA